GAUUCUGAGUCCUUCUGGAAAAUUUAAUCUGAUCAAGAAAUGCUUUCAUUUUCUCCUGGAUUUGUAGUCAGCUUAGUUCUGUGUCCUGAUACCAGGAGCAAAGUAGCAACAUGUGCCAUUUGACUCUGCAUUCACAUGGACUGAGUGUAGCUUGCAAAUUUAGGGUUGAGUAAAAGAGAAGGUCUGAGAGAACAUCUCAUUACCUCAUGUGCACUUACAAGUGAGGUGGAUGAACUUGCUUUAAGAAGUCAAAAUGCCGGGAUGGGAACAUAAAUAUGCAAGUUGUGCUUGUUUUGGGGUGGUUUUGGGGAUUGGUUGGUUGGGUUUUUUUUUUUUUACUUCUCCUGCCUGCCGCAGUGCAUUUUGUCUGUGUGCACCCAGGGCAGAAUCCACAACAGCUCCUUACCCUUUCCUUGCACCUCAUCUCCAGUUUCUCCAGUGCUAUAGUCUGGGUUAAAGCAUGGUGUGUAGCUUCCCCAUGCAUCUUCCCACAGCCACGGGAAAGGCAGCACAGAAAGCCUUUUUCGUGUGUAGCGGAUAAAGUGAAUCUCAUGGAAGACUGGCUACGAAAGAGACAAAAAUCUUCCUCCCGGGUGCCCUGACGGGUAUCCAGAGCCUUGGAUGGGCUGAGGACUGCUCCCAUCACCCUCACCAACCUGACAGCUCGGACCAUGGCCCGUCUCCGGGCGCCCUUCCCGCGGUGACCCGUUCGGCAAGGCCUGCGGGCAGCCCCUGGAGGCACCCCGGGCCGCAGCUGCUGGCCUGGCGGAGCUGUGCCUCCGGAGGAGGGCCUCUUGCGCCAGCAGCGGCGGCGGCGGCGGGAGCCGAGCAGCGGGAGCCGAGCAGCGGGAGCCGAGCAGCGGGAGCCGAGCAGCGGGAGCCGAGCAGCGGGAGCCGAGCAGCGGGAGCCGAGCAGCGGGAGCCGAGCAGCGGGAGCCGAGCAGCGGGAGCCGAGCAGCGGGCUGGCUGUCGCCGCUCGGGGCCGCGCCGGCCGAGGCUGCGGGGAGCGGGUCCCUGGCUGAGGGCCCGCCGUGCCGCAGGUUUGCAACAAUGGUAGGGGGAGAUGUAAAUAACAGUGAAGAUUCUCAGCCAUCAGUAUUUGUGAGAAAUGGCAUGAUUCCCAUGCAUGAGCAAAGUGAGCAGGAACCAACAGCAGGUGCCAAAGGUACUGAUGGGAAUGCACAAACAGAAGAAACUGCUCUCUUAAACCAAUGCACUCAGCAACCUCCCGAACCAGCAGCAGGGUCUUCAAUACCUGCAAGAACAUGGAGGCAAAUAUUUGCUUGUCCUCCUCAGGGUUUACUGGCCCAAACAGUGACAAAUGUUGCAUUUGUGGUUCUGGUUUGGGCUGUGGUUUGGUCCAUAACUGGGGCUGAGUGUCUCCCAGGUGGAAAUCUCUUUGGAAUUCUGUUUCUUUAUUUCUUUGCUGUCAUCGGAGGUAAAAUUUUUGGAUUCAUUAAAAUACGAACACUACCCCCUCUCCCUGCUCUUCUGGGGAUGCUCCUUGCUGGUUUCCUAAUCCGAAAUACCCCAUUCAUCAGUGACUUAGUCCAGAUAAACCUACGCUGGUCUGCAGUGCUGAGGAACAUUGCUCUUUCCAUUAUCUUGACCCGAGCAGGACUUGGCCUGGAUCCAAAGGCUCUUAAGAAGCUCAAAGCUGUCUGUUUACGGCUUGCCUUUGGACCGUGCCUCUCAGAAACAGGCACAGCUGCUGUCCUUGCCUACUUGUUCCUGCAUUUGCCAUGGCAAUGGGGAUUUAUAUCAGGUUUUGUUCUAGGCGCAGUCUCCCCUGCUGUGGUGGUUCCCUCCAUGCUGAUUUUACAAGCUGGGGGAUAUGGGGUGGAGAAAGGUGUCCCAACUUUGCUAAUGGCAGCUGGCAGCAUCGAUGACAUUCUGGCUAUCACAGGCUUCAACACUUGCCUUGGAAUGGCUUUCUCUUCUGGUUCUGCUCUGUACAACGUGCUCCGUGGAGUGCUGGAGGUCGCUGUUGGCAUAGCAGCUGGGGGAAUUCUGGGAAUGUUUAUUCAAUAUUUCCCAAGCCAUGAUCAGGCAUUUUUGGAAUGGAAGAGAUCAUAUUUUAUACUUGGACUGUCCAUGUUUGCUGUUUUUGGCAGCAUCUACUUUGGCUUCCCUGGAUCAGGAGGGCUUUGCACAUUAGUCUUAGCUUUUGUUGCAGGUGUGGGAUGGUCUGAUGAAAAGGGGGAAAUAGAAAAAAUUGUGGGAGUUGCUUGGAAUAUCUUCCAACCUUUUCUUUUUGGUUUAAUUGGAGCAGAAGUAUCCAUUACAUCUCUUAGGCCUGAAACUGUUGGGCUCUGUGUUGCUAUAUUAGGCAUUGCCCUAGUUGUGCGAAUCAUAGCAACGUUCCUGAUGGUGUCUUUUGCUGGGUUUAAUUUCAAGGAGAAGGUAUUUGUCUCACUGGCGUGGAUUCCCAAAGCCACUGUCCAGGCUGCAAUAGGUUCUCUUGCCCUGGAUACAGCAAGACAACAUCAAGAUGAGCAAAAGGAAAAGUAUGGAAUGGAUGUAUUGACUGUAGCUUUCUUAGCUAUUUUGAUCACUGCUCCAAUAGGAGCCCUGGUUAUUGGCUUGGCAGGGCCCAGACUUCUGCAGAAGGCUCAGACAAAGAGCAAGGAGAAUGAGGAAGAUGCAGAGGUUGGAGAAGAGGCCUGUGAACCUUCGUAAGACAGACAACUGCAGCAGUCUGGUCCUUCAACCCUGACACUUUUGUUGUGUAAAGAUGGCGUGUCUAAUCUUGCUGGAGGAACCUAAAACUAUCAGUCACCUCUGCUAUUUUUAAAGCAGCCUUGGUGGAGUUCUAUAAAAUAUUUUUAUGUGAAGAUGGUGCCUUGAGAUGAAAUAGCUGAACAUACAGUGAAUAAGAUGACCUGGCAGUGAGUCACUGAGAAGUUAGCAGUCAAGAGUUACUUGAAAUGUGUGGGUGGUGAGGCCAAGGAGAGGGUCAGAAUUGUUGAGGCGUGGAGUGGAGUCAUGAGGUAGAAUAUAAGCAAAAAAAAAAUGGAGACUAAUGUGAAUAACUUCUUGAUGGUUGAAACUGGGCUGUGAGAUGACAAGUUAUACAACUCGAAAGGAACUUCAAAGUAAGAGGUUACUGACACAUAGUGAACAAGUCCUGCCAUCAGUUGGUUGAUGAUUGGUGAUUGAUUGGUUGGUGCUUCCCUCUCCUUCCUCAUCCCUCUCCUUUCCCUAUUGCUGUUCUCCCUCGCAGCUGAGGCACUCCUUUGUGCCUUCAAGGAGUGUCAGCUCUGGUUGUUCAGCAAGUGGUACUUAUAUGCUCAAAGAGACAUUUGGGGCCCCUCAUAGACUGGUAAUGAAGAUGUUGGUGCCAGCAGAAGAAAGGAUGGAGCCUGAAAAUGAGAUGAGGAUUGUGGGAUGGCUGUAAGGACUGGGGGAGGGUUGUAUGGGAUUGCGAUGGCUGCUGCUUCACCUGUGUACCUCAGCCUUCACACAACAUGAUGUCAAGAGAGAAGUGCUGUUCUACAGCCAGGAGUAACCUUUGUUGAUCAAAAUCCUGCUCUUGCCUUUUAGGUUUGGUAUCAUUUGACAGAUACCAGCAAAUCUGUCUGGCUCCAAGUAAGUUGUUGGUAGCUCCAUUCUGAGGCACAGGGUCAGUACAGUGUCCCUCAGAAACUGGAAGUUACUUUUUUAUUUUUUGAAAAGGCUAUUAGAUUGUGCCUGUAACUGAGGUGACAACACUCUCCUGCAGACUUCUACACUCCAGUUCACUUAACUCAAUUUACAGGAUGCUGUGUAGAAUACAUUUGAUAGUGUCUAGAUUUUGGCAUUCGUAAGAAUGAAUCAUCUGUAUUUUAGUUUUUAAAUUUCGAAUGUGCAAAACAAAAAAUGUACAAAAAUACUUCUAACUACUUAAAUACUUCUAAUGUUGACACUGUACUAUUUGCAGAGAGUCAUAUGCCAAACAAAUGAGCUGUAUAUGUAGCUGUACAUGAAUGCCUUUGUAUAAGUCUUACUCUCUAAGCAAAAAGAAAGCUUCCUGAGGAAUUACUUAAAUUUCAUAGCCUACAGUUCCAGCACAAUGAUAAAAAUACCAGGAAAUUCUUUGGUAAGUUUUCUGUUAACAGUUGUCAGGUACAUUGUAUUUCUCUAACUGUGUACACUUCUGUUCUUUCUGCUUCCUUGGGAAUGUACCAUCUUCAGUUCAGUUCAGGUUUGUCUCCUGACCUGAAAGGAAGAUGCUUUUAAACUGCAUCUGAUGGGUUUGAAGCUGGAGCAGUGGUUAAGGGUGCUGUGCUUGGUCGUUACUGUGACAUACCUGGCCUUUGGUGCCUGUUCUGCCUACUUCCCAUGCAUUCCUGGUGUCCCCCCGCACAGUCAUCUUUACUGAUGAUCUGGAUAAGGGGAUUGAGUGCACUCCCAGUAAAUUCAUGGACAACACAAAGUUGGGUGGCAUUGUUGAUCUGCUGGAGGGCAGGAAGUCUCUGCAGGGGAUCUGGACUGGCUGGAUCAAUGGGCUGAGACCAACAGAAUGAGGUUCAACAAGGCCAAGUGCUGAGUCCUGCCCUUGGCUCACAGCAGCCCCAGGCAGUGCCACAGGCAGGGGACAGAGUGGCUGGGAAGCUGCCCAGUGGUAAAGGACCUGGGGGUGCUGGUCAGCAGUGGCUGAACAUGAGCCAGGGUGUGCUCAGGGGGCUGGGAAGGCCAAGGGCAUCCUGGCCUGUGUCAGCAGUGGUGUGGCCAGCAGGACCAGGGCAGUGACUGUCCCCCUGUACUGGGCACUGCUGAGGCCACAGCUCUUGAGCUGUGUCCAGUUCUGGGCCCCUCACUGCAAGAAGGACAUUGAGGUGCUGGAGCGUGUCCAGAGAAGGGCAACAGAGCUGGCGAAGGGUCUGAAACACAAGUCCUGUGAGGAGUGGCUGAGGGAGCUGGGGGGUGUUAGCCUGGAGAAGAGGCAGCUCAGGGGGCACCUUACUGCGCUGCAACUCCCUGACAGGAGGGUGUAGCCAGGUGGGGGUUGGUCUCUUCUGGCAUGCAGCCAGUGACAGGAUGAGAGCACUAACUUGUAAGCUUUUCCAGGGGAGUUUUAAGUUGGACAUUAGGAGGAAUUUCUUCACAGAAAGCAUUGUUAACAGUGGAAUGGUCUGCCCAGGAAGAUGGUGGAAUCAUCUUCCUUAAAAGUGUUUAAGCAAAGCCUGGACACAGCACUGAAAGUCAUGGUCUGGUUGACAUGGUGGUCAUAGGUUGGAUUCAGUGAUCUCAGAGGUCUUUUCCAACAUCUUUGAUUCUAUCAUUUUGUGAAAUGCAUGUAGUUUUAAUAGGAGGUUAAGUAAUUGGAAAUUGUAAUGUUGGUAAAGCUAACUGACAAGAUGAGGAAAUACAGUGUUCAGGUCAUCAGUAACCGUCUAUAAAAUAAUUCUACUUGAGUAAAACUUACAGGAAUUCACUUUUUUGUAAAGCUUUAUAAAAAGUAGAAUCCUCCCACAGGGAUCACUAUGCCAAAUUCGGAAUGUGUUCAAUAAUGGAAGUGUGAUGUUGCAAGGAUUACAGCCCUUUAAAUUUGGACACAACCUUAAGUACAAAAGCAAACCUCUGAUGAAGAGCUCUUGUUCGUGAUAGCCUCUGAUACUUCCUUCCCAGCAAAACAGCAUCUCAUAAAUGGGAUUUGCCUGUUCCUUUAAUCUCAGUGUGCUCUCCGUUAUACAUUAGGUCACUUCCACAGUUCUGAGUGCCUGAAUAAGCUAUACCAAUGAAAACUUGUCAUCUUUUUUGUUAACCUAAGAUUGUAUAGAUUUUUCUUUCCCUGACAUUUUAUGUCAGUAUUUCUCAUGAGACCCCUUUCCCCCAGCUUUUAUUAAAUCUUCAAAAAGUAUCAAUAUAGAGCUAUUACAUAGACCUGCAGAUCUAAAAUUAAAAGCUUUAAUGCUGUAUAAUAUUCCUUCUCCUUAUCUUCCAGAAAGAAAGAAAACACUUGCAUCUUUUUGUUAAUAUGUCAGGACUAAGAACUUAAGAGACUGGGUUUUUUAGUAAGUGUCAUGACAGUUUCAGCUGCUUUUGAAUAGCAGCUAAUUUUGAGAGAUUAGAUUUCAGUUUUUAUCAGAGUAUGGGUGAAGCAUGACAUUAAAGACCACCUCCCUUUUAACAAAAUGCCUUGAAAAUCAUUACUGAAUAAGGCAUAAAUUCAAGCCAAAUAAAUGAUUAUGCCAUGGUAUUCUCUUAUUUUCAGGAACUAAAAUAAGAGCACAAUGUGCAGUAACUGAUAACCAGAGUCCUUCUGUCAUGCAGACAUAAUCACAGGCGUAGUGUGGCGGAAGUCUGCGCGUGCUGUUCCAGAAGGUUCACAAGAACCUCUGCAGCAGAAAGGUCUGACAGCAGAAAGUGAUCCCAGCAGCCAGCAUCCGGCAGUUACAGCUGGCAGCAUAUGGGAAAAGACAGAAAUUGUCUAUCUGCAAGCAGGGAGUCAAACAGGCCAGGGGAUGUGAUGAUGAUGUGAUUAUAAUCACUGCUUACUCUCUCUUUUUCAGCCAAACUGAGCUUUUUAUGGAAUUUCAACUGAAGUCUAAAAUUAACUCUGAAAGAGUCAUGGUGUAAUACAACCACAAAAUGGAUGCUAGUUUCUGCAUCUUGCUUUUUAAAUAAAGAGUGCAAAAGAUCAAAUUUUUGGUCAAUUGCACUUCAGUUACAUUUACUUUGUCUAGUAUUUGUCCCAAGUCAGACACCUUUCUCCAAACCUGUUUUACAAGUUUAUUUGGAUUCUAUUAUAACCAUGUUCAAACUAAUUAUCUAAAGAAAGGAAAACAUUGCUGUUCUUGUAGAGUGAAAAGGUGUCACAAAAUGCUGAUUUCAAUUUCCCCAGAUUUUCCAUCAACACUGACGACCUGGUCCUAUGAUCUCUGUUCUGGUUUUUAUUGGUAUUUAGGGCAAAUUUAUUCCUGUGUAUGGAGUUUCCCAAUUAGAUUAGAAAAGUCAGGUAAUUGGUGCAACUUCUCAGUUGCUGGUGAGAUACAGAGCUGUACAGGCACUUCAGCUUUUAGCUAUCUAACUCUGUAGACUUUAGAGAGAACAGAUUAGUAAAUUCUUCGAGAUUUUCUAUAGGAAGUUCUGUGGACAUGAGACAGUAUCACCUUGACAGAUUUUGAAAUCCAAGGAAACGAUGAUUUAUCUUGUUUAAGAUUCUCAUUAUAUUAUCUUAUGGAAAUUAUUAAAAUGCCCUUUCUACAAAAGAA